AUGGCUGGGUAUAUCCGGAGGCAACCCCUGGAGAUUCCUCUGCCAUCUGAAAAGGACUGGCUAAAGGAUGAUGAGGAAGACUUCUUCCUGCAGGAUCCUGAGCGAGAGCGCGAUGCAUUGCCUCAGCCCGUCAGGAUGGUCACCAAACUGGUGAUGCUGGUUUUUGAUAAUGCUAUGGAAAUCAUUGAAAGAAGGGAGAUGCUCCGAGAAGCAGAAAAACUAAAGGUCCAGCCCACAAAAUGCUUUGCUACAGCUGAAUUCCAGGUAACAGGAACAGCCACUUGUCUUGCAGUGUCUGGGAAAUACAUCUUUGUCGGCUUGUCCGUGGGCCUGGCUGCCUUCAAGGUGUCUGACUAUACGGAGGUCUGUGUUUGGAAUGCAGUCAAGACAGAGAUUUGUGCUAUCCAUGCCUUGGAUUUGGGAAAUGAGGGCCAUGUCCUGUUUGCUGUGGAUGAAAUGGGGCUUGUCUGUCUCUUCUGCUUUCACAAGGAAAGCUUCCUACUCAUUAAAAUCCUAAAUGAAGUGGAGGACAUCAGCAAGCGAAGUACUUGUGUGGAGGUGGUGCUGUCCCCAGGAGGUGAUUUUGCAGGAGUCCUGCUGCAAGACAGCACAAAAGCUUGGCUGGAGAUCUACCAAUUGCCUAAGGAUUCCUGGCUGAAGGAGAUGGAGGAGAGCCCAGGAGCUGCAGCAGGGCUGACUUGUGGGGAGAAGAGGUUAAGUCGGGCAUCUGUGGAGUCUCCUGUGGCUGCAAAUAAAGUUGAUCUGAAGUUGAGUCUCCCAGUGCUGCUGCUGAUAGUGAAGCCACCCAAACCCAUUACAGGCAGUAGUUUUAAAAACCCUUUGGAUGCCUUGAAGAAAGUGGAUGAUGACAGUGUGCUUGGCUUGGGGUACAAUCACCUAAUCAAGGAUUCCCAGUGGGAACAGUGGGAAGCAAUCUUCCGCAGCACGUAUUGGGAGUACGUGGAAGCCGAGGAUGAGAGCAAGAGCACAGAGGAGAUGCCCAGACAUGCUACUUUUCACUUUCUCCUGCCUAGCCAGAUCCUACAGGUUCGACCUGGAAAGAAACUACAGCCAGAUGUUCCAGCUGGCAUCAGUGUGCACUGGGAUGGAAGCCACAAUCUCUGCUUCUACUUACUUAACCAUUCACUUAAGGAGAAAGUUGACUCUGAUCCGAACCCUGAUGUUGUGUGGCCAUGUGCAGCUCCAGUUGUGUGCUCAGCUGUCAGUUCUUGCUCCAGGUACCUGGCACUGGCAUGUGAAGAUGCAACAAUAACUAUUUGGGAUAAACAGCUAGGAUACCCCCUGUCUGUGACAACUAUUCUAGAGGAACGCCUCAUCCGUAGCAUCCACUUCCUACGGAGUUCAGCAGCUACCAGCGAUGAGACACCAUGUCCUGGUACAGAUCCUGCCUAUCCCAUUGUGCAGCUUCUAGUGCUAUGUACAGACAGUGCUCUCUACUUGGUGAAAGCACCCAGGGCUGAGAAGUCCAGCAUCACGCUCCUGGCAGACAGGCCUCAAGAUCCAAAUCUUGCUGUCAGUGCGGUGGUGCCUGUCCUGGCAUUCCCCAGUGCAGUGCUGGUCUUCUCCUGGAAUGGCAAAGUGUCCCUGAUGAACACUGACACAUCACAGAUUGUUUACUGCUUCAUUAUUCCACCUUCUUAUGCUGUAGCAUCCCCCUGGCAGCCAGUGUUCACAGUGGAUAGUGUGAAUUGGUGCUUGCUGCUUCGAGGAGAUAAGCAGCAGCAGGUAGAUGCAUUGGCCAGUCACAGUACCAUCUUCCUUUUUGACUUCAACUCCUACCCACUGAAGGAGGCUUUCCCAAAGGAACCAGAUUUGCCUCUCAAAUCGUUGCAGAACCUGACAUGGUUUGAGAGAUGUAACAUUUUCUUACGUAAUAGGCAGAAGAGCUUGCUGGGACUCAGGGAGCAGUUGCCUGAGUUCUGGAGCCGGCUGCAGGCACAAGCAGCUGCCAUGGAUGAGGAGAGACAGAAAAAGAAGGGACAGAAGAAGCCGUAG